AUGGAUUGCUGGAAGGGAGCCGUAUGCCGUAGCUGGAUUUAUCCCACGGUGAUCAUCUGUGCAAAUGGAUUUUUCUCUGCAAUGAGGCCAUCAGAAUCUUUUCUCACUCCAUAUCUAACUGGACCGGACAAAAACCUAACGAUUGAAGAGGUUACCAACCAGAUUUUCCCAGUUUGGACAUACUCCUACCUUGCACUCCUUUUCCCAGUCUUCCUGAUUACAGACUACGCGCGCUACAAGCCCGUCCUCCACCUCCAGGGCAUCAGCUUCAUCAUCACGUGGUUCUUGCUGCUCUUCGCACACGGAGUGCUGGCCAUGCAGAUGGUGGAAUUCUUCUACGGGAUGGCGACAGCCACUGAGGUCGCUUAUUACGCCUACAUCUACAGCGUCGUCAGCCCCGAUCACUAUCAGAGAGUGACGAGCUAUUGCAGAAGUAUCACCCUGGUUGCGGCCACCGUUGCCGCCGUGCUGGGACAGCUGCUGGUUUCCUUAGCAGACGUAUCCUACUUUCACCUUAACGCCAUUACUUUGGCUUCCGUGUCCCUGGCAUUCGUGUGUUCCUUUUUCCUCCCAAUGCCUCAAAAGAGCAUGUUCUUCCACAGGAAGGAUGUCUCGCCAACUCCCCCAGCACCAGAUAAAGCCGCCGUGGCCUCAGUUGGCCCCGACGGGCCAUCGAGCUGCCACGAGGACGAGGGCUCCGUAUCUGCUGACAGGGGACCAACACCCAAAGCGCAGGCUGAUAACGCCGAGCCCCAGAAUCACGUGCUCAGUGUCCUGGUGCAGCUGAGCAAGGACCUGAGGGACUGCUACAGCUCUAGGAAACUUCUCUACUGGUCCCUGUGGUGGGCUCUGGCUACGGCAGGCUUCAACCAGGUUCUGAACUAUAUCCAAGUGCUGUGGGACUUCAGAGCCCCCUCUCACAGCUCUGCAGUGUACAAUGGAGCGGUUGAAGCAAUAGCAACAUUUUUAGGUUCAGCAACAUCCAUGGCAGUUGGAUAUGCCAAAGUAAACUGGGAUCUUUCUGGAGAACUGGUUUUGGGAAUUUUUUCUGCAAUGGACGCUGGUUCCCUGUUUCUUAUGUACUUUACCGACAACAUCUGGGCCUGUUAUGCUGGUUACCUUGCGUUUAAAGCGUGCUAUAUGCUCCUUAUAACAAUAGCAACGUUUCAGAUUGCCGUCAAUCUAAGCAUGGAGCGUUAUGCUUUGAUGUUUGGCUUCAACAACUUUGUUGCACUGGUGAUUCAGACAAUUUUAACUAUUGUGGUAGUAGAUUCAAAAGGUCUGGGAUUAGAUAUCAGCACCCAGUUCCUCAUUUAUGGCUGCUACUUCGCGUUCAUAGCUGGAAUUUUCCUCAUCAGAAGUGUAUACACCUUUAUCUCCACCAAACGCAGAAAUAACAGUGCUGUUGAUGAAAGCACUGAUCAUUGACAAAGGAGACAAAAAGAAUGGCUGCAAGCAACAGUGCAGAAGGCUGCAUCAUCUGAACAAUUAAUUAGGAAAAACAUAAUGCUCAAUCAAGCAAGACUGGUCAAUGGUGAAACAGGCCGUUCACAAGCCUACAGCAUAAAGAGCUUUGCCAACAGGACGAUGCAUUUUGCCUGUUUUUCUUCACCGGUAGAUCUAAUACCAAACAAUCUUUUGAACACAACUCAAAUGUAAUGUUCUGACACCAAAACUUCUAUUAAUGCUCAAUAAGCACAAGCAACGGCAUACAGAUGUCUGAACCUCAUAA